AUUGACCAAUCAAAAUUUCGCACCAAAUUUUAAACAAGCGGAAACAUUCACACGAAAACGUAAACACAUGAAACAGGUCGAUAAUUUCCCAGUUUGUGGUUUUGAGAAUACUCAAAUACUAGACAAAAUGUUAUGAAACUCUGAAUAUAAUGGAAUUACAAAAUAAAGAAAAUGUCUGCCAGUUUGAAAAGACUGUUAUGGACGUACAGAAAAUAACAAGGACUCCAUUGAGGACACCUCUUCAUGAUGUCAAGAACCAGGAUGUCAUCAACAGAAGUUUAAAGAAGACAGUUAUCAGUCAUGUGAUAGCUGCAGAACCUUCUUUGAGGACACCCACUAGAAAAUCUUCCAAAAUAAGGCGGUCAAUUCUUGUGUACCAGGACAAAGAGAACCAGCCUGAAGAAGAAAUAAAGAAAUUAGCUUUUAAGGAAGUGACAAAAGUCAUCAAUAAUGCUCAGCAUUUAAUUUGUCCGCCUGUAGUUAAUGUGGUACCAGCAACACCAAUAUGUAAUAAAACAGUAUCUUACAGUCCUGACAAUAUCAGAGAUCUACAAUUUGAGGAUUGUCAAGUCACUGAAGAUCUCAAAUCAGCAGAUAACGAUCAGGAGAUGUCAAGCAAAAGCAAGAUAUCUAUUAACACACCACAACCAGUUAAGACAGAUGAAUCUGAGGAACAACAGCCAACAAAGAUUGACAGUGAUUUAUAUGCAGAAAACAAUCAUCAGAUUAUUGUUGGCAGUGACAUUUUCAUUGGUCAUGAAGAAAUUUAUGGUGACGCCCACAUUGACAGUUCAGGUGUAUUAUCUGAAACUACCAAUGACUUAAGUAACACUGAGUUAUCUCCCUUAGAAAGUUCUGCAACGGACCAGAAUGGAAGUGUUAUAGUUGGGAAUGGAAGUGACCACACAUAUGCUGGGUUCUCAUGUCACACAUGUAGUGUCGAUGACAGACAUGAUGUCAAUGAGUGUGGUACUUCUCCAAUGAUGCCUGUAUCUAAAAUAAGUACAGAAACUUCUACUGAAAUGCCAUCUCUUCAGGAGACAGGUUGUUCACCUCUUGUUACAGAAACCAGAGACAUUGGCUCUUUGGUGGAGAUUAGCACACAUGACAUGGCUUGUUCACCCUGUCACACAUGUAAUGUGGAGCAGGAAACUAUGACGGAACCUGUCACACCUGUCAAGCUACCUGAGAUGUGUGAUAUAUCAGUCCAGCAUUUGAUUGACACUGUAACAGCUGCAUGUUCUCCUAUACCAUGUGACAUGACAUCUACAGCAUGUUCUCCCAUAAACAAUCAGUUUACAGCUCACUAUAGUGAUGACAGUUGUUCUAUUUCAACUAUGACAAAUGCUACACCUGUUAAACACGACAUGGCAUUACAGGCAGUGCCAGAUACAAGGUCUGUUUUAUGUUCCCCUCUACAUCCACUACAAACCAAGGACUGUGGAAUAUCAGCUACCUCCACACUGGCUGAUGUGAUGACCAACACGGUCCAUGUGGAACAGAUGGAUCAAGGUGUGGAUGUCCGUCCAAUGAUGAACACAGGGUCUACAAUGACAGAAUACCUCCUAGUAAACAGUGAAACAUCAAUGACACCUGUUAAACUUCUCAAUAAGAAGGGACAUAGGAUUACUGCAGAUGAGAUCAGAAAGCAGCAUCCUAGAAUCUUGGCCAAUAAACUAGACACUUAUGCUUUGGAAGCUGAACGUUAUAAAUUAGAUAUAGGGAAAGUAGAAAAAGAAAGGGAUCAUUUAAAGUCUAGAAUAACAGAACUUAAGGCAGUGAUCAAAGAAAAACAGAAGAUGAUAAAUGAUAACCAAGGGAAAGUGGAUCUGGAGAAAAAGAAUUUGAAGGAAGAUUAUGAAGAAAAAAUAGAAAACUUAACCAAAAGCCUUCAGGAAAGUGAACAGAUAGUUAGAGAUCAGAAAGAAGAGAUAAUUCAGUUGAAUGCCAGAUCUUCAACAGAAAAAGAUGAAUUUGUGUCAGAGAUUGAAAGUCUAAAACUAAAGUGUAGUGAAAUGGAAAUACAAUUGGCUGAUUCUACACAUAUUAAAACCUUUGAGAUUGCCACUUUAAAAGAAGAACUAGAAAAGAAACAGAAUGACCAUCAGAUGAGAAGUGCACAUAAUCUGAUCUUAGAAUUACAGACUGAGUUAGUAGAGUAUAAAGAACUAACAGAUAGUCUCAAAUUAGCAGAACAACUACAGAGUGAGAUACAGAAAGUUGUGUCAGAUAACUACACAAAAGUCAGGUCAGCAGCUGACAGAUUGAUGAACAUGAAGAGAGGAGUAGAUAUACAGAGACUUGAAGUUAUGCAAAAACAAUGUGAAAAUGAGAAAGAAUGUGAGAGAUUUUCUACAGAGAAGAAAGAAAUGACUGAAAAUUAUAACAGUCUGAAGAGUACUCUAGAAACAUCUAGGUCAAGUAUGAUGCAGAUUGAAACAUUGUAUGAGAGUACAUCAGCGGAUCUUUUAAGUGCUUCAAACCAAGUACAGAUCUUGAGUAGAGAGUUGAUGACCACAAGAUCAGCAUUAGAAGAAGCCAACCAGGUAAAACAGUCACUAGUAGAACAGGUAGAUGACUUACAAGAGAACGACAAGGCUGCAGUCCAGGAAAUAUCAAAUCUCAGGCACAUCAAUGAAGCUCAAGAAAAUGAAUAUCAAGACUUCAAGAAAUGGUCAAAUGACAAUGAAAGGAAAUUAGCUGGAAAAAUAGUAAUGUUCCAAGAGGAAAAAGAGAGAUUAGAGUUACUAUCAGUAAACCUCCAGAGGACAGUGGACUCAUUAAAUGAAGACAUAGAUACUUUAGAGAAUGAUCUGUUUUCUACCAGAGAAUUUUCAUCAGAGCAAGCUUCCAGACUUGUCAAACUAGAUGAAGACUUAUCCCUGGCAAACCAAGAACUGAGUCAUACCAGACUAGAAAAUAUGGAAUUUAGAGAUAGUUUGGCUGUGUUCAGAGGAAAUCAGGACUAUUUGCAACAGGGUAUUGAUCUAGCAGAGAGUGAGCUCCAGAGAAAGUCCUCAGAACUUGAGACACGGAAGGCUGAGCUAAGGGAGAGCACUUUCUUAUUAGUGGAGCUAGAAAACAAAAUGGCUAGUUUGUUACAAGGUUUGAGGAGCAGAGCAGGACUUGAUAGAUCACAUAUAAAUUCAAGUCCACUAACCAGCUGUAUGAAACCAAGAUUAAAACCAUCAGCUAAGAAGUCUGCAAGGAAGACACUAACAAACAAUAUAUCAGACUCUUGUCGUAAAACCCAGGAUCGAUCAUUCUUAUCUAUGGUAAUUAAAGCAGCAGAAGGCCAGAGUGACAGUGAAUAUGAAUCUUGUAAAUCUAGUCCCAGUGACAAAUCAUCUAGGAGUAUCUCACCCUACAUAGAUGGCGUCACUCCGUUCGAUAAAAUGUCCACUAUUUGUGAAAAACUGAAAGACAGAGACUCCAUUGAGGAAAGUCCUGGUGCUCAGAGUAGGGAUAGAUUGGGUUUUUCUAAGAGAGAUAGUGCCUUUGCCCCAGUAAGAACUGGGACAAGUGUAAUUAAAUCCAAGUCUGGUCCAUUAGAUUCUACGAUGAAGAAUAUCAGUGUUAUGUCACAGUCACAGUUAGAGGAUACAAACCUUAGGUUGGCUGAACAGAUAGAAUGUAUUGGGGAAACAUUUAGUGAAAUUAUUAGAUGUGCUAGCAUCAUAGAAAAGGCUUCAAGGCUUUCUAUCGAUGAUUUACAAUUAGAAAAUAAAGAAUUAUGUGAACAAUUAGAUAUAUGCCAAACAUCAGAACAGAGAACAAAAGAAGAAUUGUCCUUGAAGAAAAGUCAACUUACUGAAGCACAGGCAAACAUCUCCACACUGACAGACAAUAUUACAAGUCUCUCUGACAAGAUAGGAUUCUAUGUAAAGCAGGAGGCAGAAAUUAGUUAUUUGAAAUCCAACCUCUCUAAUGCCAAGUCACAGAUAGAACAGCUAGAGGCAGAAAAACAGAUCUUAUCUUCUCAGUUGAAGGCUGUACUAGCAGGUGUGACAGGAGAACCUACUGGCAACUUUGCUAAAUACCACAAUGAUAUAACUACUCUUAAACUGAAGAUUCAGAAACUAAAAGAAAAGGUGAAACAAGGGGAAGAAUACCAUGAAACGCUAGCUAUAAAGGCUUCUAAGAGGAUAAAAACUUUAGAUGAAAAUUGGAAGAAAGCUGAAGAGGAAGUGUACAAGUUUGAUCAGCUAGUGGAUACAAUCAGGGAGACAUUAAUAAACUCAGGAUUGAUACCAAAGCACAAGGAACCAUUAGCACGUAUUAUAAGAAUGAUUGAUGGAUUUGAAAGUGUGCAACCCAAACCAUUGAAGCCAGUAAAGACAGCUCUAUGGUAGUACAGUUAUCAAAAAACUGUAUAAAGCCAAAAACAAUAUAUACCUCAGAUCAUUUAAAUUUACUACAUCAGUAUAGUUUUUGUAAUUCCGAAAUGCUUUGAGCAUUAUUAAGGUGAAAGUACUUAUUUGAUAGUUACAUGAAAUUGAAGGACAUAAUUUUUCUUGGUUAGAAUUAUUUUCUGACACAAAACGAACAUUCAGAAAUUAGAAAUUUUAUAUUUUUUGUAAUUUUAAAAUGUAAAUUUGCAAAGGGUUUGUUAUGUUGAUAUAAUUUUAAAUGACUUUUUUUAAUAUCUGAAAUUUUACGAGUACAUCACUUGUAACACUAAGACCAUCACUUGGUUGGGUUUUAGUCUCUUUGACACAUUCCCUAAUUUCCUUUCUCAAUUUUAUUCCUUUAUUAUGUACACAGUUUAUAUUAUAACUUACUAUAAAGGAUGUAUUGCACUUUUAUUAAAACAUUAGUUUUGGUGCUAUUCACAAAAGGUAGCUUGAACAAUUACAGGAACUAAUCAAUUGAAAUUUUGUGCAUUGUGGGAUUAAGUUUUGCAUGUUUCAUUGGAGUUACAAAUUAGUAUAGUUUUUAUACAAAUUAACAAGAUUAUGUUAUUGUUUAGAAAUGCUUGUCACUGUUCAAAUUUUUAAUUUUUGUUGAAUUGAGGGACACAAUUGAUUUCUUGGUGACAAACAGGAAAUCUAAUCUAGUCAUUUAACAUGUUUGAAUAAAGAGUUCUGCAGUGAUCCGAAAAAAUGGCACAUAAAAUACUUCAAAUGUUAUGUAACUAUAAAGUUUAAAAUAUUCAGUGAAAUAUAUCAUUGGAAAAACCUUAGGAUUGAUAUAUGGAAUUCAGGGAAGGCCAGAGUAGCACCUAUAUUAUAGAAACAAUUUUGAAUUGGUAUGUAUUUCAAAGUUAGACAAUCCAACAUAGUGCAAGUUAUCUUCCCUUGGUUCAAUGUCUUUUUAAGGAAAAGUCCUCACUCCAUAUAUCCUUGUAAAGUUGAUGAUUUCCAUUUCAAUCUACACAUCCUUGUACUUCAAGCUAUAAAUGAAAGUAAUAUAAUAUUUAUUACAGCAGAUUUUAAUGAGUAUGUAGCUUAAGGUAAUAUCUUAAGUUAGAUUGUUUGCUCGCUGAACUGUGAAGUCAUUGUUGGUAAGGUAUGU